UGUUACAGUGGCUUCCAUGCAUAAUUUAGGAAUGAAAGCUUUUGUACUUGGUGUAAAGGACUAAGAGCCAGUGGUUGAAUCCGAAUGAUGAGGUUUCGUUUCGUAAAUUCCACACAGGCACGUCGAGAUAAACAGCAGGUGCAGUUUUCCUUCAGGACCGAUUCAAAACCAGACGGAUGACAUUGCAGGCGUGGCGAUAUUAUCGACCGAGGUGAAAGACGCCACCCGAGGCUCGGCCGCAUUCGACGAGACACACAAGGCGAGGCUGCACGAUGAAGGCCAAGCUGGAGAUCCUGGCCAUGGUCCUGGGCUUCCUGGGCCUGUUCGGCGUGGUGGCGGCCACCGCCAUGCCCAUGUGGCGCGUGUCGGCCUUCAUCGGCGCCAACUUAAUCGUCAUGGAGGUGCUGUGGGAGGGCCUGUGGAUGAACUGCUACAACCAGGCGGAUAUUAAGAUGCAGUGCAAGGUGUACGACUCGUUGCUCAUCCUGCCGCCCGAGCUGCAGGCGGCGCGGGGGCUGAUGGUGGUCUCCAUCGUGGUGACGGUGAUCGCCUUGGUCGUGGCCGGCUUCUCCAUGCAGAGGAGCACCUGCUGCCAGGACGACGCCAGGUCCAAGAACAUCACGUUAGCCUUCGCGGGGAGUUUGUUCCUGCUCGCCUGCCUGCUCACGCUGGUGCCCGUUUGCUGGGUGGCGCACACCGUCAUCCGCAACUUCUACAACCCGGUGGUGGUGGACUCGCGGAAGCGGGAGCUGGGGGCGUCGCUCUUCAUCGGCUGGGGCACCUGCGCCAUCUUGCUGGCCACCGGCGCCAUCCUCCUGCUCAGCUACAGCAAGCGGCGGUCCAAGGAGUACGCGCCCCACACGGGCCCCUACCUGGUGGCCUCCAGGGACUCCGGGAAUACCAGCAGCGUCCACAGCGGCAGGGCGCCGUCCAGUUUUCACAAGCAUCACGAAUAUGUGUGAUGCCAGCUUGAAAACGAGCAUUUGCAAUGUAUUUGCGGCCCUGAGGUGGUGUCGUUGUAUGUAAAUCCUGCACAAGUGCUAAUACAGUUCAGUGGUGCCUUGAUGUACAAAUGACCCAACUUAUGAUUAUUUUUUUGUACUGUGAAUUGGGAGCAAAAUAUUUGACCUACAAGCACCGUACAGUGCCAGUAAACCUAACUCACUCAACAACGGGGAGCAGUUUGGCAGACAAAAAUAAGGAGAUUUCAGUGUUUGUCACUCUCCAUUGACAUUUACUUUCAAACCAAAAGAAAUGAAUCUUGCGCACUUAAAAAAAAAACCAUAUAUUUACUUGUUGGAUGUGUAUCUUAAACGCCGUAGAAUGCUUUUAUCAAACAUCCAUGUCGCAGUGUUUAAACCCUUGAAGCAACAAAUAUUUGAACACAAAAGAUGGAACAAUACACGUAGACAUAAUAAAAAAUGCUCACAGGCACAUAUUGUUUAUCCUCUGUGAAGUCCAGCUAAUAUUACAGCACUCCUCAGUUCCUGAGGAGUUUUGACCAGCUCCAUGAUAUCCAAAGUGUGCAGACCAGAAGGAGCGGCACAAUGUCUAUUGAACUGAAGCAAGAAAUCGGGUGAAAACUGUUGAAUUCUUUAUAUUCUAUUAAAUUAUGUGUUCCUGUAUGUUUUUUUUUUUAUAAGAGACAACAUUGUGAGUGGUAUUUAUUAAAACUGCAUUUUUGGGAGCGGCGGGAAUGCAAUUUUCCAUGUUUUGAGCAACAAGGGCGGUCACGUAACAAACUGAACUUUUUUCAAGUCAGCACUGUACUUUGUGUAUUCAUCACUUUGAAGACAAAAAUCAUCUGAAAUGUCCUUUGUAUUUAUAAUUACGAUUUUAUUCAUAUUAAUAUUAAUGUGCUGUAAAGUAAGAAUCAAAUGUCUAUUUUUAAGAUUCAAGUUUCUUUUCUGUGCUUUUUUUCCCCCCUUUUCGACAAAAAAUAAGAAAGAAAAUAAGCUUGGCGAUAGUUUGGAUAUCUGUCGCUUUGUCGGGAGGUUCUGGGUUCGAAUCUCAGCUCUGGGCCUCCUCCCGUGUUCAAGUUUUGCAAAAACAUAAAUGUGACGUUCACUGAAAAAUUGUCCACAGGUGAAAAGAAAGUGCUUUGUAUGCUAUAUCGCAUAAUGAUUGCGCUAAUGUGAAUGUGCCGUUAAGUGUGAAUCGAAUUGAUGUUGUUGCUGUUUUUUUUAAUGUCAAUAUCACAACACAAUAAAAUUCAGUGGUGGUUUGGAUGUCCGUCUCACAUUUGAAAGGUUCUGUGUUCAAAUCUAUGCAUUAGCCUACACUACAGCUCACAUUCCGACUGAAAAUUGAAGUUGUGCAAGUGCCGAUUCUGAGCAGCGCUUCACAUAUGUUGGACGAGAAUUUUGACUUUCAAGAACUGCUGCAACGUUGCGCAGUGUCACGGAGGAGUAGCAGUUCGUGACAAUAUGAUGCAAUGCAGUUGUACACCAACGCAACCUACAACAACGCUAACAAGCAUCGACCUUGGACGCCUAGCUAGCUUUCAUUGUUGGUUUAGUCAUUUUCACUACACUCAUGUACACUUUUACAGCUACCAACAAUGAGCCAGCAAUCUUUUUGUAACACAUCAAAAGACAAAUUCUGACUUUGUGUAGGACAACAAGCAUCCGACAAGUGACGUUAUUGAGCCUGCUUAAGUUUCGGCGCUUCAUGCCUUGACAGCGGCUCAACUUUCACACAUUUUAGCAUUUGCUUUCAAUUUGAUGCCUUCUGUAACAUCAUGAACGUGCUGUACAAAGACUUUAUUUCACUGUUUCAGUUUAUAUCUUUGGCAUCUGAGACAAGUGAUUUGUUUCCGUUUUUGUCUUCCCUAAAACUUGGGGUGUCAAGUCAUUGUCAGGUUGCGUUUGUUCAUAAAAGGUUUUAUCAAAAACUGUCAACAGUUUCAGUGAAACUUGGUCGCGUGCCAUCAUAUUUUGGUCAGGAGAUGUUCCUGGGUUGUGAGUCUAUUUUGUAAUUUGCUUUUAUUUUCUCACGUUAAUAUUGUAGAAUAUUGGCCACAAUAUUGUUUGGCCCUUGCUUCAAGCAUGU